CAACUUGUCACCGCAAAAAAAGCAAACCUCAUACCCAAAAAAUAAAAGUCAAAUUUCUUGAAAUCUUAUAGUACUAAGAAAUGAGUGAAAACGCCACUGAAGAAAUGCGCAUCGACCCCGCCAGAGCUCAGGCUCUCAUCUCCCAACUCAGCGCUGUCAAGGACCGCAUCGCAACAGCCGCUCAGGGCCGAAACGUCCGCCUCGUCGCCGUCUCGAAGCUAAAGCCAGCAAACGACAUCCUCGCCCUCCACAAAUCACCGGCUUCUCACACCCACUUUGGCGAAAACUACGCCCAAGAAUUAUCCCAAAAAGCAGAGCUGCUGCCCCGGACCAUCGACUGGCACUUCAUCGGCGGCCUCCAGUCCGGCCACUGCAAGAACCUCGCCAAGAUCCCGAACCUCUUCUGCGUCUCCAGCGUCGACUCCCUCAAGAAGGCCCAGCUCCUCAACUCGUCUCGCACCGCCAAUCCGGAUCUUCCGAAGCUCAACAUCCACGUCCAGGUCAACACCUCUGGCGAGGAGGCCAAGUCCGGCUGCGCUCCCGGUGCCGAUACCGUCUCUCUCUGUCGUGAAAUUGCUCAGAACUUGCCGGGCCUCAACCUCCUCGGCCUCAUGACCAUUGGCGCCAUCGCCCGUAGCCAGGCCACCACUGUAGAGAAUGAGAAUGAGGAUUUUGAGGCUCUGAGAGAGCAGAGGGAUUUGGUGGCCAAGGAGCUUGGACUGAGCCCCGAGAGCCUGGAGCUGAGCAUGGGAAUGAGCGAAGAUUAUGAAGGAGCUAUUGCACAGGGGAGCAGUGAAGUGAGGGUUGGCAGCACCAUCUUUGGACAGAGGCCAGCCAAGUCGGAUGCCAAGAUAAAGGAGUAGGCAUAGAAAACAGAAGAAAAAAAAGGAAAAAAAAAAAAAAACAUAUAAUUUGAAUACACACAGUAUAUUCUGAUCAUAACGGGCAAUGUUGGAAAGUAGAUUCAUGGCCAUAUUUAGACAACUAGUCACGAUCAAACAGUUAAUUGAACGAAUCAAACAACAACUAAAAUAAAUAAUGGUAAUAAAAGGUGGUAUCAACAACAGGAUCC